GACCCCCCCCCGAGACCCCCCGGGACCCCCGGGGACCCCCGCCCUCGCCAUGGUCUGCGGAGGCUUCGCCUGUUCGCGCAACGCGCUCUGCGCGCUCAACGUGGUUUAUGUGCUGGUGGGGGUGCUGCUGGUGGCCGUGGCGGGCUGGGCGCGGGGCCCGGCCGUGGGCUCCAGCCCCCCGCUGCUCGGCGGAGCCUUCGCCGUGGGAGUCUCGCUGGUGCUGAUCGCGGCGCUGGGGCUGCUCGGGGCCCUGCGGCACCACCAGGUGCUGCUCUUCUUCUACGUGCUGAUCCUGGGCCUGGUGUUCCUGUGCCAGCUGGGGGUCUCCUGCGCCUGCCUCGCCCUGGGCCGCGAGGCACAGGAGCGGCUGCUGCGCUCGGCCUGGCCCCUGCUGAGCGGGGGGGCGCGGGGGGAGCUGCAGCGCCGCCUGGGCUGCUGCGGUUUGGGGGGGCCCCCCGAGAGCCCCCCCCCCCGCCUCAGCCAGCGCCCCCCGCCGAGCCCCCCCGGCACCGAGCCCCCCUGGGGACCCCCCAACUGCCCCGCUCACUCGGAGCAGGCCCUCAAGAUUGGGGGGGUCGGGCUGUUCUUCAGCUUCACCGAGGUUUUGGGGGUCUGGCUCGCACUCCGCUUCCGGAACCAGCGGGACCCCCGCGCCAACCCCGGCGCCUUCCUAUAGCCGAGGGG